AUGAUCAUGUCGAGCCGCCUUUUUAGCUCUCUACUCUUUGUUCUUCCUCUUAUCUACUUGGUCUGUACUGUAUCUGCUUCUCCUACUCUUCAUCCAAAUGAAGUGGAAGCACUUAAGGAUAUCGCAGCGACACUCGGUGUGAAGUACUUGAACCUAAGUGAAGAUCCAUGUCUAUCAAAGACUCUAGUGAUAACUCAAGAUGUUCUCAAGGAAGGGCAAAACAGCACAAUCAAAUGUGAUUGUCAUUUCAACAACAAUAACACUUGUCAUAUCACACACUUUAUCCUUAAGACAUUCAGUCUCCCGGGUAGAUUGCCACCAGAACUUUCCAAACUUCGAUAUCUUGAAUCGAUUGACUUGUGCCGUAAUUACCUUUAUGGCUCAAUUCCUAUGGAAUGGGUUUCACUGCCUUACCUCAAAUCUAUCUCUGUUUGCGCGAAUCGCUUAUCUGGAGACAUUCCUAAAGGAUUGGGGAGAUUUAUUAACCUCACUCUCUUAGGUCUUGAAGCCAAUCAAUUCUCUGGAACUCUCCCUAAGGAACUCGGGAACCUGGUCAAUCUAGAAGGAUUAGCACUUUCUUCUAACCAAUUAGUUGGAGGCGUACCCAAGACAUUAGCAAGACUAACAAAUCUGACUAAUCUCCGUUUCAGCGAUAAUCGCCUUAACGGAUCCAUCCCAGAGUUUAUAGGGAACUUAUCAAAACUUCAAAGAUUAGAACUAUACGCGAGUGGCCUAACCGAACCUAUUCCGGAAUCCAUUUUUCGUCUAGAGAAUUUGAUCGACCUGAGGAUCAGUGACACAACUACAGGAGGACUGGGACAAAUUCCUCUUAUUACUAGCAAGAAUCUGAAAUUCUUGGUUCUAAGAAACAUGAACUUAACAGGACCAAUCCCAACUAGUCUCUGGGAUCUUCCCAAUCUCAUGACUCUAGAUCUUUCUUUUAAUAGACUGACUGGAGAAAUACCAGCAGAUGCGAGCGCGCCAAAAUAUACAUAUUUGGCUGGAAACAUGUUGUCUGGAAAAGUUGAAUCAGGACCUUUCCUUACUGCAAGCACCAAUAUUGAUCUUUCCUAUAAUAACUUUACAUGGUCUCCAAGCUGCAAAGAGAGGAAGAAUGUUAACACAUAUGAGAGCUCACGUUCAAGAAACAGUCUAACCAGAAUUCUUCCAUGUUCUGCCAUAAACAGUUGUCAAAAUUAUAGUAGGUGGGUUCAUAUAAACUGUGGGGGACCUGAUGUAAUUAUCGAAAACUCCCGAGGGAAGUUUCUAUAUGAGGGUGAUAACUAUGGACUUACCGGUUCAGCUACGAACUAUCAUGGGAAAAACUGGGGAUUUAGCAAUACUGGUGACUUUAUGGAUGAUGCAAUAACAGAAGAUACAUACUCAGUUUCAUCAGAAUCUACAGUAUCAGCAAAAUAUCCUGAGCUUUAUCAAACAGCUCGACGUUCUCCAUUGAGUUUGGCUUACUUUGCCUUUUGUAUUGAAAAUGGAAGCUACAAUGUGAAACUCCAUUUCGCCGAGAUUCAGUUCUCAGAUGAGGAACCAUACGCUAGACUAGCGAAACGGGCUUUUAACAUUUACGUUCAGGGGAAGUUGAUUUGGGAGGACUUCAGCAUUAGAGAUGAGGCUAAUGGAACUCACAAGGAAGUUAUAAGAGAAGUGAACACGACCGUGAACGAUAAUACUUUAGAGAUAAGGCUUUAUUGGGCAGGGAAAGGCACGACGAUUAUUCCUCGAAGAGGGAACUAUGGCUCUCUUAUCUCUGCAAUCUCAGUCUGUCCCAGUUCUGAAUCUGAAUGUGGUGUUCCAGUGGAGAUUCUUCCAGUCACAAAAGAACAUAGACGACGAAAAUAUCCUCUCAUUCUCGGUUUAACAUCCAUGGUACUCUCUCUUGCUUUCUUGAUUUUGGGCGCACUCUAUUGGAAGAAAUGUAUCAGGGAUGCACACGCAGGAAAAAGAGGUUCCUUCAGUUUGAGGCAACUAAAAGUUGCAACUGACGAUUUUGAUCCUUUAAACAAGAUUGGAGAAGGCGGUUUCGGAUCUGUAUACAAGGGGAGAUUACCGGAUGGUACAUUGAUUGCGGUAAAGAAGCUAUCUGCAAAAUCAUGUCAAGGCAACAAAGAGUUUGUAAACGAGAUCGGUAUAAUCGCUUGCCUGCAGCACCCGAACCUUGUGAAGCUUUACGGAUGCUGUGUUGACAAAAACCAGCUUCUUCUUGUUUAUGAAUACUUGGAGAACAAUUGUCUUGCUAAUGCAUUAUUUGGGAAAAGCUGCCUCAAACUAGAAUGGGGAACAAGACACAAAAUAUGCUUAGGAAUCGCGAGAGGGCUUACGUUUCUCCACGAAGAAUCUACGGUUAAGAUCAUUCACCGAGACAUCAAAGGGACAAAUAUAUUGCUUGAAAAGGAUCUAAACUCAAAGAUCUCGGAUUUCGGGUUAGCUAGGCUCCAUGAAGACGAGAAGAGUCACAUUACCACUAGAGUUGCAGGGACAAUAGGAUAUAUGGCUCCUGAAUAUGCAAUGAGAGGUCACCUAACAGAAAAGGCAGAUGUAUACAGCUUCGGUGUAGUAGCAAUGGAGAUCGUUAGCGGAAAGAGCAACGCAAACUACACGCCGGACAACGAAUGUUGCGUUGGCCUUCUCGAUUGGGCGUUUGUGCUACAAAAGAAAGGAGAUUUUGCAGAGAUUCUAGAUCCGAAGCUGGAAGGAGUGUUCAAUGCUAUGGAAGCAGAGAGAAUGAUAAAGGUUUCACUUUUAUGCUCUAACAAGUCUCCGACAUUAAGACCAACCAUGUCGGAAGUUGUGAAGAUGCUUGAAGGGGAGAAAGAGAUUGAACAGAUUGUUAACGAUCCUGGAGUGUACGGAGAUGAAUUGAGGUUUAAGCGAUCGUCGGAGAUGGGAACAUCGUCUUUAACUUCUGAUUAUCUCGUGUCGAUUCCUUCGUCAUGUGAAUCUGCUUACGAUCUGUACCCUCUUAGCCCUGAAUCCAUGGUCUUCUCUAGACCGUUAGAGUAA